CACCCGGGCCUUAAUUUCCGGAGUAACUAGCAGUCCAAAUUUCGGAGUAAAUUAUAUUUGCCAGAUAAUCCAUCUCCGCCCAAAACGCAGUCGGAGGCUUUGAAAUCAGCUCGUCAAAAAUUCCAGUCAGUGGAAUCUGAGGCAUCGAAGAGCUCAGAGUUGCUAAAAGGGAAGCUGGAGAGAUAUUACUGAAAAGUCGCUGAGUCUGCUAACGACAAAUACCCCAGCGUUGCGUGUGGGCGCCCUCCCUCUUAUGGGGUCGACUACUACGAUGCCGCUGGGGUCACUCAAACCCCCAGAACUGAGCCUCUACUUUAGUCAAUCCUCUUUGACAUAACCUCUCCCAACCACGAACUACCUGUCAAAACAAAUGUUUCACAAACUUCUAAAUAAAUACCCUACAAUUCUGUCGGUACUGAACCCCGGAUGUGGGUGUGAUAGACUUCACCAGAUACCAAAUUCUUCAUAAAUUCUAUCAUGAAUUUUGCGGAAGAACUCAUCGAGGAAUACUUGGAAUCAGAAAAGUGCUAUUCACUGUUGUCAUAAGGCUUAAUUUAUUCUUAUUACUCCUAUUAAAAAUUUUUCACUGAAAAUGGUUCUACCUCCUGUUGUAACUGGGAUUUCUCCUAAGGAAGGUCCGCCGGGAACAAGAGUCACGGUUCGUGGGGAAUUUCUGGGAAAUAGGGCACAGGACCUAGUAGGUUUGACAAUCUGCGGCUGUGACUGUCUCCUCUCCGCAGAAUGGAAGUCUGCGAACAAAAUUAUAGCCCGUUCGGGUCCUUGCAAAGGCCGAGGGGAUAUAAUCGUAACCACUCGAAGCGGUGGUCAGGGUACCUCGACAGUUCAAUUCCGGGGAUACCACGAGACCAUUGGCCCAAUGAAGGAAUCCGCAGUCUGGGUUGAGGAGGCCCCAGUCCAGAGCUUCGUCUGGGGUCGACGAGCCCUUUCCCCGACAAAUUAUCAACAAGAGGAUCCCUUAGGACUUAGCGUUGAGGGCAAUGACGUUAAGAAAUUCCCAGAGGACGAGCUGUGCGAGCUCUUCGGAGAAAGCAAUGGUGAACUUACGUCUGAGAAAUUCCAUCCGGGAUGGUUUCUCCUUCAGCAUCACCAUGCCACUUCCCUGGAUGACCUGAAGGCAGGGCUCGCCUAUCUCAGGCGUAAAGUGAAUUCUCAGAAAGAGGGGCAGCUCUCCUUCCUGAAGGCCAACGUGGGGUCAGUCAUGGAACAGCUGGAAACUAUUGUCCUGCUGAAGGAGCAAUUUGAGGCUGACGUCAAGAAAUUCGGUGACGAUCCCACAGCAAAACUCGAGGCAGCCAUCAAAACAUCGAUGGAGGAAGCAAAUAAACUCUUUGAUGACGUGCUGGCUAGGAGGGAUAGGGCAGACGCAACCAGAAGUGCUCUAUCAGUCAUGCAGCGUUACCGAUUUCUUUUCUGCAUGCCUGUCAAUAUUGAGAAGAAUAUAAAGAGGGGAAACUAUGACUUGGUUAUCAAUGAUUAUGCCAGAGUGAAGAAUUUAUUCGGUAAUACCGAUGUUGAAAUCUUUAAAAAAGUCCUAGCUGAGAUUGAGAAUAAGAUAGAAAUGCUGAGGGACAUUCUACGCAAAAAAUUGGAGGAAAUUCCGUUCGCACUCGAGAGACAAAAGAAAAUAAUUCGACAUUUAGUGAAUCUUGAGGCUGACGGAGAUCCUGCCUGGGACGCUAUUGUCUCGCAUGCUGCCUACUUGGACAAAAACAUUUCCGGAUGUCUUCAGGAUUUUCUUGCCGACAAUGCCAAUGAUGACGGUAUCAAUCGACAAAAGAGCAACAACUUGACGCCAAUCGCUGCUGAUAGGCAGAGGAUGUUCAGAAACGAUGCCAAUUGCAAUGUGCCUUCGAGAGUCUUAUGUAUUGAAGCGAUUUGUGACGUUGUAGCUGAACAGUUACCUGAUUUAUGGCGAUUGGGACAGAGUUACUUUACUGGACAGCUCCAUGUCGCUGUGGACGCCGAAAAACAGGGGCCUUUCAAAAAUUUGGUACUCAGCUGCAUUCAGAGGGCCAGCGAAGCCAUAAAGAUCUAUGGCAAGGAUUUGACACCAGCUUGGCUAAUGCACAGCCUGCGAUGUUUUAGACAGAUGUAUGCUGCCCUUAUUCAUCUGGAUUUGCCUAGUGAGGCUCUAGAUAUUUUUGGAAAAUGUCUGUUCGAUCUUAGAUUGCAAUGUUUAGUCGCUCUCUUCAAACAAACUGCUGACAAUGUCGGGGGACUACAGAAAAAAGAAACCUGGCAAUUGGAAUACCUUCCGAAUGAAGACGGUGGGAUAACAAAAUUGCCAUGUUUAUUCGAAGAAAUGGUGAUGGAGGUAUCUGAUCGUGCUCGAGAAACUGCCAUUGCAUGUGGACCUAGGGAAACGCCACUCCUAGACAAUAUCACACCCCAAGCUCUCUUCCAUAAUUCGGUUAAGAUGCUCUUCGUAGCAUUCUCAAGGUGCCUACAACAAUUAGCUUUCAGUGGUAGCGAAGAGGCUAAUGAUGAAGAUGAUGUUUCUCAACUUGUCAGCUCACCUGCAGUUUACAGAUCGAGGGAAAAACAUAGAGGCCCUGUCACUCCGACGUGGGAGAAAUGUUUGUUGAUUACUCUCAGUAAUAUUCGUUACACCAUGAAUACUGUUCUGCCAAGAGUUGUGGAGGCUCUUAAAUCCAAAGGAUAUCCUGAUCUGUCGACUGCUGAUGGCUGGAGGAAAGACUGGACGCACUUGGAAACUCUGGAUACUGCAGUUUUGGAUGCCUAUCUUGAGAGACGAUGUGAUCCUCUCGUGGGGACCAUUGAGCCUAGCAUGUACCUGGGGCGACUCGAAUGGGACUCAGAUGUUGAGCCUACUCAUAUCAGGCCUUAUGCCCAGGAAGCACUGGCUAAUCUCAUUGCUGUACACGCAGAGGUUACUCGAGUGUCUCCUGGUCUCCUAAAACGAGUUCUAUCUCAUAUUGUGGAGACAAUCGCAGAGGAACUGGCGAGAUUAAUGUCUUGUGUGAGAAAAUUCGGACCUUCUGGAAUUAUUCAAGCCCGAGCUGACAUUACAUUAUUAAGGAAUGCCCUAUUAAUUUACAGUACACCGCGAGCAAGCACAUUCUUUGAAGAAGCUCUAGAUGCAGUUCCACCUCCAAAAAAUGGGACUGACGCUUCUCGGAUUGAGGCACUCCUCAGUAAAGUCACUUCAUCAAUGCAAUUACAAAUUCGCUGUCUUGCCGAGAGACCCAAAUCAGCACAAAUUAGUCAAGAUGAUGAUCUAAACCGAACGACAGUUGUUUAACAAAUAAAGAAACCAGUUGAAUUUAAAUAGUCUAUUCCCUUCAUUCAACUAUUCGGUAUAAACACUAAAAA